AUGUCGAUAAACAUGAAAACGCUGACUCAAGCUCUGGCUAGAACGGCUGCUGUGAUCGAGAAGACGGUUCAUACAACAGUCCAGGAAGUCACGGGACCUAAGCCUCUUCAGGACUACGAGCUACUCGAUCAGAUCGGUUCCGCUGGUCCUGGCCUCGCUUGGAAGCUAUACGCAGCCAAGGCGCGUGACUCUACGCGGUCCCAGCAGUAUCCGACCGUCUGCGUCUGGAUGCUUGAUAAGCGUGCUUUGUCGGAAGCUCGUGUUCGAGCUGGGCUAUCUAAAGCAGCCGAAGACGCGUUUCUUGAUCUGAUUCGAGCUGAUGCAGGGAAGCUUGUGCGGUUGAGGCAUCCUGGUGUGGUCCACGUGGUGCAGGCACUUGAUGAGAAUAAGAAUGCUAUGGCUUUAGUUACGGAACCGCUCUUUGCUUCCGUGGCUAAUGCGCUUGGGAAUGUGGAGAAUGUGGCUAAUGUGCCGAAAGAUCUGAAGUCAAUGGAGAUGAGCUUGUUGGAGGUGAAACACGGUCUGCUCCAGAUUUCCGAGACACUGAACUUUCUACACAAUAACGCAAAUCUCAUCCAUCGAGCCAUAUCUCCAGAGAAUGUUCUUAUUACUUCAUCUGGUUCUUGGAAGCUUGCUGGGUUUGGGUUUGCUAUUUCAACAGCGCAGGCUGGGAAUCUGGAUAACAUGCAAUCGUUCCACUAUUCUGAAUAUGAUGUCGAGGAUUCAAUGCUGCCAGUCCAGCCGUCCCUAAAUUACACUGCACCUGAACUGGUGCGCAGCAAAGGUCCUUCAGCUGGAGCUUCGUCGGACAUUUUCAGUUUUGGAUGCCUUGCCUAUCAUUUAGUUGCUCGGAAACCGUUGUUAGACUGCAAUAACAAUGUCAAGAUGUACCUAAACACGUUGAACUAUAUAACAAACGAAUCUUUCUCAUCUAUACCCUCGGACUUGGUAUCUGACUUGCAAGGGAUGCUAUCAAUGAACGAGACCUUCAGACCAACAGCAUUAGAUUUCACAGGAUCUAAUUUUUUCCGAAGCGAUGCUAGGUUACGUGCUCUCCGUUUCCUUGAUCAUAUGCUUGAAAGAGACAACAUGCAGAAGUCUGAGUUCCUAAAAGCAUUAUCAGAUAUGUGGAAAGACUUUGAUUCCCGUGUAUUACGGUAUAAGGUGCUUCCGCCUCUUUGUGCUGAACUUAGGAAUUUGGUUUUGCAACCAAUGAUCUUGCCAAUGGUUCUAACUAUAGCACAAUCUCAGGAUAGGAGUGACUUUGAGUUGAUAACACUGCCGGCUCUUGUUCCUGUUCUGAGUACUGCUUCUGGAGAUACAUUACUACUGCUUGUAAAGCAUGCAGAGCUUAUUACUAACAAGACUAAUAGCGAGCAUCUUAUAUCGCAUGUCCUCCCUUUGCUUCUCCGAGCUUACAAUGAUAAUGAUGUUCGGAUUCAGGAGGAAGUUCUUAAAAGAUCAACAUCUGUUGCUAAGCAACUUGAUGGUCAGGUUGUAAAGCAAGCCAUUUUGCCCCGUGUUCAUGGCUUGGCUCUCAAAACUACAGUUGCUGCGGUCAGAGUAAAUGCUUUGCUCUGUUUAGCCGAGCUGGUUCAAACGCUUGAUAAACCCGCUGUUAUUGAAAUUCUGCAAACAAUUCAGCGUUGUACUGCGGUUGAUCGUUCUGCACCUACCCUUAUGUGUACCCUUGCUGUCGCAAACGCAAUCCUCAAACAGUAUGGAGUUGAAUUCACCGCAGAACACGUGCUUACUCUGAUGAUGCCGCUUCUCACUGCCCAACAACUGAAUGUCCAGCAAUUUGCCAAAUAUAUGCAAUUUGUUAAGGAUAUUCUCAGAAAAAUAGAGGAAAAAAGAGGAGUUUCAGUGAAUGAUUCUGGUAUCCCAGAGGUGGAACCGAAUUCUGCUGCCAAUGGAGUCCAGUUUCAAUCAUCAAACCAAACACCUGAGAAGGUUGCUUCUGCAGCCAAGAGCAGUCCUGCUUGGGAUGAGGAUUGGGGUUCUCCGAGUAAAGAUUCUGCUUUGGGAAAUUCUGUGUCUUCUCAUCACGACACAAACCAUCAGUUUAACAAAUCCACAAGCCAGUCACAGCAAUCGAGCAUGUCUACUUUGCCAAACAAGGCAGCAGCAUCGCUGACCACCUGCCCUCCAGUGGACAUCGAGUGGCCUCCAAGACAAUCUUCAAAGCUCACUGCUCCAGCAGCUGAUGGUGAGACACAACUAAACACAGGAACAUCAUUUACUCCGUGUUUUGAUGAAAUCGAUCCUUUUGCUAAUUGGCCUCCACGUCCCAACAACGGCACUUCUGUUACUUCUACCGGUCUCAACAAUGGUACUGCAUCUGGUUUUAGCAGCAAUUUACCAGCCAGCACGUCUUUUCAGACAGCUAACAAUGACAACUGGGCAUUCAGCAGUGCCUCCAUGUCUUCACUGAAACCACCCCAGCAAGGGAACUCAGGUAUCUCUGCAGAUCCAGUAAACUCUUUCGGGUUACCUGUACAGAACCAAGGAAUGCCAUCUUUCACUAGUGGUUCAUACAAUAACCAAAAGCCAGCAGAUAUCAGCUCCAUAUUCGGUUCAAGCAAAACCCAGCAAUCCGCUCUGAAACUCGCACCACCACCUUCAGCAGCAAUGGGAAGAGGAAGGGGGAGAGGUAGAGGUGGCACUGGCACAUCUACCUCAAAGCCCAAUGGUUCACAACCAUCUCUUUUGGAUCUAUUAUGA